CCGUCUUCGCACCCGCCCGCCCAGCGCAGAGUGGCCGGCGGCGGCUGCCGGACUCGGGACGUUUCCUCGCGCCCUGCAUGGAGCUGAACUUUGGGCGGCCAGAGCAGCGUAGCGGCCCAGCGAUCCGAGCGCGCUGAGCUCACUCGGGGAGACCCAGCAGCGGCCUGGGAAUAUUUUUUUGGGGGGGCGGGGACCCUCUGCGCUCCGGCACCAUGUUCCUGGCCACCCUGUACUUCGCGCUGCCGCUCUUGGACGUGCUCCUGACCGCCGAGGUGAGCGGUGGGGACCGGCUGGACUGCGUAAAAGCCAGCGACCAGUGCCUGAAGGAGCAGAGCUGCAGCUCCAAGUACCGCACGCUCAGGCAGUGCGUGGCGGGCAAGGAGACCAAUUUCAGCCUGACCUCGGGCCUAGAGGCCAAGGACGAGUGUCGCAGCGCCAUGGAGGCCCUCAAGCAGAAGUCCCUCUACAACUGCCGCUGCAAGCGCGGCAUGAAGAAGGAGAAGAACUGUCUGCGCAUCUACUGGAGCAUGUACCAGAGUCUGCAGGGGAAUGAUCUACUUGAAGAUUCCCCCUAUGAACCAGUCAACAGCAGAUUGUCGGAUAUAUUCCGGGUGGUCCCAUUCAUGCCAGUUGAGCACAUUUCCAAAGGGAACAACUGCCUGGAUGCAGCCAAGGCAUGCAACCUUGAUGACACUUGCAAGAAGUACAGGUCCGCCUACAUCACCCCAUGCACCAGCAGCAUGUCCAAUGAGGUGUGCAACCGCCGCAAGUGCCACAAGGCUCUCCGGCAGUUCUUCGACAAGGUGCCAGCGAAGCACAGCUACGGGAUGCUCUUCUGUUCAUGCCGAGAUAUUGCCUGCACCGAGCGCAGGCGUCAGACCAUCGUGCCCGUGUGUUCCUAUGAGGAGAGAGAGAAACCCAACUGCCUGAAUCUCCAGGACUCCUGCAAGACCAAUUACAUCUGCAGAUCCCGCCUGGCCGACUUUUUUACCAACUGCCAGCCAGAGUCAAGGUCUGUGAGCAGCUGUUUAAAGGAGAACUACGCUGACUGCCUCCUCGCCUACUCGGGGCUUAUUGGCACCGUCAUGACCCCCAACUACAUAGACUCCAGCAGCCUCAGUGUGGCCCCCUGGUGUGACUGUAACAACAGUGGAAAUGACCUGCAAGAAUGCUUGAAGUUUUUGAAUUUCUUCAAGGACAAUUCCUGUCUUAAAAAUGCAAUUCAAGCCUUUGGCAAUGGCUCCGAUGUGACUGUGUGGCAGCCAGCUCUCCCAGUUCAGACCACCACUGCUACUAGCACCACUGCCUUCCGGCCCAAGACCAAGCCCCUGGGGCCAGCAGGGUCUGAGAAUGAAAUUCCUACCCAUGUUUUACCACCUUGUGCUAACUUACAGGCACAGAAGCUGAAAUCCAACAUAUCAGGAACCGCCCAGCUCUGUCUUGCUGAUCGGGAGUUUGAAAAGGAUGGUCUUGCUGGGGCUUCCAGCCACAUAACCACAAGAUCAAUGGCUGCCGUGCCUCACUCUGCUCUGAGUCCACUGCUGGUCCUGGUGGUCACUGCCCUGUCUACCCUCUUAUCUUUAUUUGUGGCAGAAACAUCGUAGCUUCAUUGCAAGACAACAGGAUGGACAUGUAAAAAGACAAAAGAAGAAAACCC